AUGGUGCUGGAAAACGACAAAGCGAUAGACUGGUGGUGGUCUCUCCUGGCAAAGAUCUUCUCGUGGCUGUUGUUGGCGGGCUAUAUCGUAUUCCCGUCCACAUUCGCGUCACUGAGGCGGUCGCAAGUCCUCGAAAGCAUGGGCAGAGUCGGGCAGGCAGUCUCGGACUGGGCCAACGACUGUCUGAUCGCUCUUGCGUCUGUGCUUUCGGGCGUCGCAUCCAUCGGUCUGGCCUGGCUAUGGUUCAAGUGGCGUACGAACUACGUCUGGGUGUAUCAGCACAUUGCCGUGUACGAGGCCGUGUUUGAUCGACUUUUGUAA